AUGAAUAACAAAAAUACAGGCAAGCCAUCAUCGGGCGGUAAAAAGGAUUUUAAGAAGCCUUCUUUCUCAUCAUCUAAUAAUAAUAAGAAGGGAUUUAAUAAGAGUGAAGGCGGUUUUAAGAAGAAUGCCCCAACAAAGAGAUUGCACUCUGAAACAUCAUCGGAAAAUAGAAAAGAUGGUGGUGGUAUUUCUGAUUUUAAAAAGAAGUUGAAGCGUGAAGAUAGUACAACAAUGGCUAAGAGAGCUCUUGACGAAUUUUUGCAAUUGGGAGAAAAGAAGAGAAGUAAAAAGAUUGACAUUCUCGAAACAGCUUUAGAAUAUAUUGAAGGAUCUAUUAGUAGUUUAUCACUUCGUUCCGAUAUGAGUCGUUUGUUACAAGCUGUUCUCAAGUACGGAAAUGAAAAAUUGAGAAAUAUUGUUAUUAAAGAAAUCAAGGGUGAUCUUAAGGUUUUAUCCUCAAAUAUUUAUGGACACAAAUUAGUAAUGAAGGUUAUGAAAUAUCACGUAGUUAAGAUUAAGGAUCAAAAGGAAAGACUCGAAUUUUAUAAGGAAGUUUUCUUUGGAAAUAUGAAGACAAUGAUUCAACAAAGAUUUUCAGGAGAAGUUCUCGACUAUUGCUACACUGAAUUGUGGAACUAUACUGAAAAGAGAUUCUUCGUUCAAGAAUUCUAUGGCUCAGAUUUCUUGUGGACUAAUGAAGAAAGCAAGAUGAAUGACUCUCUUAAGGAUUCUCUCGAUAACAAUAUCAAGACAGGUGCUGUUUUGACCAUUGUCUCAGAUUUGACCAAGAUUGUUCAAAACGCUCUCCAAAAGAGACUCUUCGAUUUGGCCGUUGUUCAAAAGCUCAUUAUUGACGUUUUUGAAUGUGGUGACAGUUCACAUGUUAAAUUCACACUCUACGAUUUGAUUGAAGCUGGUGCUAUUCCACUCAUCCUCCAUACUCUCCUCGGUUGUAAGAUUUCCCUCCUCUGUAUUGCAUAUGCCAACGAAAAGGAAAGAAAGCUCAUUGUCAGAAGUUUGUCUAGAUCUAAGGUUGAUGUUGCUGGUUCUGCAGAAGAAAAUGUUGAUGGUGAAGGUGCUGAAGAAAAGCAAAAGGAAGAUGAUCUCACCAACAGUGAUCCACACAAUAACUUGGCUGUUUUGGCCUCUCAAGAUUGUUUCGGUUCAGUUGUCGUUUCAUACUUGUUCAAGUGUAUUGACGAUACUGUUCUCUUGAAUCAAAAGAUUUUGAAGCAUUUCAGAAAAGUUUUAUCCGACCUCUUACAUCACCAACAAGCUUGUAAACCAAUUCGUUACUUGCUCACAGGUAGUUCUAAAGUUUUUGGUAACAGUCAAGCUACAAAACUCUUUGAUGAAUUGGAAUUGAGAAAGGAAAUGAUGAAAGAUGGUGUUUUGAGCAAGAAGGGUCAAGAUAAGAUUAGACAAGAAUUAUUGCUCUCAUUCGGUCCAUCUAUUGUUACUGGAAUUUGUGAAAAUUUAUCAACCCUUAUUGCUGAUACUAAUGGCCACCUUGUCGUUAAGGAAGCAUUCGCCCUCUCAACAGAAAACAAAGAUUUCGAACCAAUCUCAGCCAAGCUGUUAGAAUUGAUACAAUCCAAAGAUUUUGAUUUCCACAAUAUAUUUGUCAAGACCACCAUGUCAAGCAUUAUUUUGAAGAGUGAAGGAGGUUUCUGUGAUGGUGUUUUCAAACUUGUCAAGGGCCAUUGCAAACAAUACAUUUUCGAAAAGAAGGCAUCCUACAUUAUUUCUGCCUUGUUAAAGACAAAACAUGGACGAGAAGUUUACAAUGAAAUCAGCAAAUUUGAAAAGGCUAUUCAAGAAGAAAAGACAGACAAGAAUAUCAAGUUUUUGGCAACAGUCCUCACCACCAAGAAGGAAGAAUUCAAAAAAUAAAUUAUUAACCCUUU